CCGAGGCGCCUGCCGAUUGGCCCGCGCGGGGCGGGUGGCCAUUGGCCGCGGCGGGCUGUGCAUUCCGAGCGCCGGGUGACCCAACGAGCGCAGGGCAGAGGCGCGCGUCCGGCCCCUCGGGUGAAGGUCCCUCCGGGCCCAACCCCGGCGCCUCGGGAAUGGCAGCCAGCAGGACCAGCCUGGGCCGAGUCCUCCCAGGAUCCUCCAUCCUGUUCCUCUGUGACAUGCAGGAGCGGUUCCGUCACAGUAUUGUCCACUUCCCGCAGAUUGUCUCUGUGGCUGCUCGAAUGCUCAGGGUGGCCCGACUCCUUCAAGUCCCAGCCUUGCUGACAGAGCAGUACCCGCAAGGCCUAGGCCCCACAGUUCCGGAGCUGGGGGCUGAGGGCCUCCAGCCACUGAGCAAGACCUGCUUCAGCAUGGUGCCCGCCCUGCAGCAGGAGCUGGCCAGCCGGCCCCAGCUUCAGUCAGUGCUGCUCUGUGGCAUUGAGGCACAGGUUUGCAUCUUGCACACAACUCUGGACCUCCUGGAGCGGGGGCUGCAAGUCCACGUUGUGGUGGACGCCUGCUCCUCUCGCAGCCAGGUGGACCGGCUGAUGGCACUGGCCCGCAUGAGGCAGAGUGGUGCCUUCCUCUCCACCAGUGAAGGGCUCAUUAUGCAGCUUGUGAGGGACGCUGCCCACCCCCAGUUCAAGGAGAUCCAGAAGAUCAUUAAGGAGCCCGCCCCGGACAGCGGGCUGUUGGGCCUCUUCCAAGGCCAGAACCCCCUUUUCUGCUGAAUCUCCAGCCCUGACUUGAGGGGAUACCACCCUCCUGUUACCCCAUGGAAGUGUUUCCCCCAUCCCUGUAUCCCAAGAGUGGUUCAGUCCAUCAGGAGUACCGCCCCCUUGGGAGGGGAGGCGUGGUUAUGCCUUCCCAUUGGGCAAUCCCUCCCGGAAAUGCAAAUUAAACGCCUGGGAGCUGGGCGGGAAUUGGCUGAGAGCGAGGUGGGGGGGGG